AUGGAGCUGUCUUUGGGGGGCCACCAUUCACUCAUCACAGGCAAUAGAGUGUGGAUUGAAAAGAGAAGUGGUCUCAAGACUAAGCUGUGGGGCACGAGAGCAUUCGGAAGCAGGGAAGAGAACUCAGAGCCAGUGAAGGAAACUGAAAGGAGGUCAGUUAAAGCUUCUGAUGCAGAUGCAGGACUCUAUGGCUUUGUGGAGUAUUCUCUUUAUGAUGGAUUCCAAAGCUAUGAUGUGUCUCCAGCAUUCCAGAUCGACCCACAUGAUGGGCGAAUCUGUGUUUCUCAAGAUAUCGAUAGGGAAAGGGAUCCCGCAACCUAUGAUCUCUUGGUGAAAGCUAAGGAUGGGGAUGAUCAGAGAAAAACACAUUCAAUGUUGAUUAAAGGUGGACUAAGUGCACAAGCUUUUGUUCGUGUGGAAAUGGAGGAUGUGAAUGAUAAUGAACCUGUUUUUAACCCGUCAACCUACAUGAUGAGCAUUAGCGGCCAGACCCAGCCAGGCACCGAGAUCAUCAAUGUUCUUGCCACUGACAGGGAUUCUGGGGUAUACGGAACAGUGGCUUAUGAGCUUAUUCCGGGAGACCUGUCAUCCCUUUUUACCAUCGACUCCACUACAGGAAUUAUUUACUUAACGUCAACUCUUAGUCAUUUGGAAUCUACUACCCUUUUGUUGAUGGUCUGUGCUCGAGAUGGUGGCGGGCUCGCAUCUGCCAUUAAUGCCGAUGUCACUAUACACAUUCUUCAGACAACGCUGUCGCCCGCUGAAUUUGAAAGGCCUAAGUAUACUUUCUCAGUUUAUGAAGAUGCACCUGAAGACAGUCCUGUGGGAACAGUAAAAGCAAAAGAGUCCUCGAAUUCCUCAGAGCCAAUUUUUUAUAGAAUCUCCUCUGGUGAUCUGGACAGAAAGUUCUCCAUUCACCCAUGGCUGGGCGUCAUCCGAACUCAGAAGCCUCUGGAUCAUGAGACACAGCCGGUGGUUGUGCUCACAGUGCAGGCUCAGCUUGGCGGCUCUCCCACCUACAGCAGUACAGAGGUCAACGUAACUGUCAUUGAUGUCAAUGACAACUAUCCGGUAUUUCCCAAAGCCUCUGAUGAAGUUAAAAUAUCUCAGACGACAUUGCCUGGCACAGCCUUGUACCUCGCCCGUGCACAAGACAAAGACAGUGGGCAGAAUGGAUUCAUCAGAUAUACGAUCGCAAGCCAGGAUCCAAGCAUCUUUGCGGUCGACUCAAGGCUUGGUGCGGUGUACCUCAAUGGGAGUGUGGGAAGUCACGUGCCCCGGAAGUGCACGCUCACUCUCCUGGCCCAGGAUCUGGGCGUUCCUCCUCGGGCAUCCCUGUUAGUGCUGACGGUUGCGAUUGAGGAACAAGAGCAAAGCCCAUCCUUGACUUUUGAAAACUUGGUCUAUCAAGUGGAAGUUAGUGAGUCUCUCUCGCUGAUGACCCAAAUCCUGCAAAUACAGGCUUACCCACUUGGCCCACAGCGUACAACCUCGCAGCUCCUGUACUCGCUGGAGCCCAGCACGGACUCUGCUGUGUUUGGCGUCCGCCCUGACACAGGUUGGAUUUAUUUGCGGCGACAGCUUGACUAUGAAUCCACACAGACAUAUAAUUUUAGAGUGUUUGCCUGGAUCCCAGAGGACAGAUUGUCGCAAAAUGUGAGCACUUCAGUAAUUGUUCAUGUCCUGGAUGAGAAUGACAAUUCCCCUACCUUCUUGCAUGAUGUGUUGUUUUUGAAAGUCGAGGAGAGCCCUGUUCCACAAGGGGUAAUAGGCAAAAUUACAGCAAUUGACAGAGACUCGGGAAAGAAUGGACAGCUGUCAUAUUUCCUUUUGUCUGAUGGAAAAUUCUUCAAGAUGAAUCCUAAUACAGGUAGCAUUUUCCUUUGUAAUUGGUACCCCCUGCCCCAUAGUGGGACAGAAUUUGAAUUCAGUUCUGAUGAACUUCAAGCCUUUGCUCUCAUGAAAGGCCUGUUGUGUGAAUUAGGAACAGGUGAAUUUAUCAGUUGGGUGGCAUUGGAUCACGAGCUUCAGGUGCACCAUCAGGUGACGGUCCUAGUGACUGAUCAUGGCUCCCCGCCACGGAACGCCACCAUGGUGGUUUAUAUUUCAGUGACUGACAUCAAUGAUAACAGGCCAUAUUUCCCACAGUGUCUCCCUGGAGAGGAAUUGCACAUCAAGGUUCUGGAAGGUCAACCAGUAAAUAUGUUGGUUACAACUGUGUUUGCAAAAGAUUUUGAUGAAGGAAACAAUGCAGAAGUUGUAUAUUCAGUAUCUUCAGAAGACAGUUCUGAUGACUUCAAGAUUGAUGCCAACAGUGGUGAAAUAAGAACAACCACAAUCCUUUCAUAUAACCAUAGACCUUCCUACAGGAUGACCGUAAUUGCCAGUGACCAGGGAGUACCCCCUCUUCAAGGCCAGGCAGUCAUUAAUAUCCAGGUGAUACCACUAUCUAAAGGGAGAGCUAUCAUUUCUCAGAAUAUUAGACACUUAGUUUUACCUGAAAACUUGAAGCCUGCAAAAAUAAUGAGCUUGAUAAAGUCACCCGAUCACCUUCAACAACAUCAUAAUGGAAAGUUACAUUUUAGUAUUGCUGCAGAUGACAAGGAUGGUCACUUCGAAAUUGACAGCUCGACAGGGGACUUGUUCCUUUCUAAGGAACUUGAUUAUGAAAUGACGUCUCAUUACCUUUUCAGGGUGGUUACUAAAGACCAUAGCAAAACCCCUCCCCUGAAUAGCACAGUCUUCCUGAGUAUUGAUGUGGAGGAUCAGAAUGACCAUUCCCCAUCUUUCCAAGAAGAGCUCAUUGUGAUAAGUGUAGAAGAGAAUGUCCCUAUAGGGACUCUGGUGCACGUCUUCAAUGCCAAAGACGGGGAUGGCAGUUUUUUGAACAGUAGAAUUCAAUACUUCAUUGAGUCCCACCACCCGGAAAUGAGUCCAUUUCUCAUCCACCCCUCAUUUGGCACAUUAGUCACUGCAUCCCCCCUUGACAGAGAGAGGGUUCCAACUGUCAUCCUGACAAUAACUGCAUCAGAUCAGGCUGUGAAUGUGACAGACCGGCGAUUGCAAUCACUGAUGGCAAAGGUCGUGAUUUUGGAUGUAAAUGACCACAGCCCCACUUUUUUGUCUUUCCCCGUUGCCCACAUCAAAGAGGAUGCCACGGUGGGCUCCUUGGUGCACCACAUAAGUGCUCAAGAUCCAGAUGAAGGAAGAAAUGGAAGAGUGACAUACAGCAUCCUCUCAGGAAAUGAAAACACGGCCUUUAUGCUAGACGAGUCAUCAGGCUUACUAACAACCACCUGUCCUUUGGACUAUGAAAUAAAAGCUCAGCACAUUCUGACCCUUCUGGCACUGGAUGACGGCAUACCAGCACUUUCUUCAUCCCAGACUUUGACGAUUACUGUUCUUGACGUAAAUGAUGAGGCACCCGUGUUUCAGCAGAACCUGUAUGAAGCUUCAGUUAAAGAAAACCAAAAUCCAGGGCAGUUUGUCACAAGGGUUGAAGCUAUGGACAAAGAUUCAGGAAUCAAUUCCAAGUUUCAAUUUGAAAUCAUGCCAGGGGCUUCAUCUGGAUUCUUCAAGAUAAAUCCUGACACUGGAGAGGUAGUGACGACCACCAUACUCGACAGAGAAGUUAGGGAAGUUUUCACCCUUCGAGUACUCGUACGAGAUGGAGGAGUCCCUUCAUUAUCUGGCACCACAACAAUUCUCUGUACUGUAGAAGAUGAGAACGAUCAUGCACCAGAGAUUAUUGUCCCCGGUCAUGACAUUGAGGUUCUGGAAAACCAAGAGCCAGGGGUUGUCUACACUGUUUUGGCUUCUGAUAUGGAUUCUGGCAAUAAUGGAGCUGUCAGGUAUCAUGUAAUUGAUGGAAAUACGGAUGAAUACUUUGCUAUUAAUGAGACAUCAGGAGAACUCUCAACCACUCGCGCUUUGGACCGGGAGCAAGUCAGCAAUAUUACCCUAGUCAUCCUGUGCUCUGAUCUGGGGGAUCCACCGAGGAGCUCUCUAGUGCAGUUGCAGGUUAGAGUUUUGGAUGACAAUGACCAUGGCCCGUCCUUCCCCAUGCUGCAUUACCGGGCCUCCGUGAGAGAAGAUGCUCAAGUGGGAACAGUGGUUCUCGUGCUGUCUGCUGUGGAUAAGGAUGAAGGUCUGAAUGGACAAACUGAGUAUCUUCUGGUGGAUGAGGCUUCUGGUGCAUUCACCAUUGAUGCCGUGGCAGGUACAUUGAGAACCCGCCACACGCUGGACCGAGAAGCCAGAUCUCAGCAUAGGUUUAGGGCUGUGGCCAGAGACUGUAGUGUCCAGGGCUCAAGAAGCACCACGGUCAUUAUAGAAGUACAUGUCACGGAUGUAAAUGACAAUGACCCAGUUUGGGCACAGAACCCCUUGGAGAUUUUUCUCUCUCCCCAGUCGCCUAUUAACCAGACAACUGCCAUUCUGACAGCCAGUGACCCUGACUUGGGACCCAAUGGAACUGUCAUUUUUAGUUUUGCAGAGACCCAGUCAAUGUUUUCUAUUGAUAAAUAUACAGGAGAAGUUCAACUUCGGCACCGCCCAUCUUCUGAAUAUUUUCCAAUCUGGCUGCAGUUAAAAGUUAGGGACCAGGGGGUUCCAGCUAGGACGACCGCUGGCCUCUUAGUCGUUCACAUGGAAGGAGAAGAUGUAAAGAUUUCCUUCAGCCACUAUCUCUAUAAAGCGACUGUGACCGAAAAUUGUGAUGCAGGUACUUCUAUUGUGACUGUAAAAGCUGUUGCUCCUGACCCAACACAAGACAGCAUUAAAUAUUCCAUUUUUAGUGGAAAUGAAGAUGGGGUUUUUUCCCUGUGCUCCAACUCAGGAGAACUCACUGUGAAAGAACCCAAGUUUCUCGAUUUUGAAGUGAGACAUGAAGUACGACUCAUCGUUUUAGCGGAAAGUAGGGGGCACAGAGCCUACAGCAAAGUAGCAGUCUUGAUACAAGAUGUGAAUGAUAACUUACCAUGCUUUGAGCAAAGCAUUUACCAAGUGUCAGUGUCUGAAGGCCUGUCCCACAAUGCUCACAUCAUUCAGGUUUUUGCUGCGGACCUGGACAGUGGGAUGAACGGCCUUGCCGAGUACUCCAUUCUCUCUGGCAACCAAGGGGAAGCAUUCCACAUUGAUGCGCAGAGCGGUGUGAUCACAGCAAACGUGGUUCUAGAUUACGAGCUCACCAGGUCCUACAGCUUGAUUGUGCAAGCCACAGAUAAAGGGAUGCCCAGGCUUUCUGGUACAAGUGUCAUCAAGAUUAAGGUGACUGAUAUAAAUGACAAUGCCCCGGCUUUUCUCCCUUCUGAAGCAGUAGAAAUUGCAGAAAAUUCUUUGCCUGGUAUAGUUGUGACUCAGAUAUCAGUUCAUGAUGUGGAUUUGAAUCCAGCUUUCAUCUUCAAUUUCGCCAAAGAGAGUAAUCCUGGAAUCAAGUUUGCUAUUGAUCAGAAUACUGGAGCAGUGGUGCUAGUGAAAACACUGGAUUUUGAAGAAGCUACCGAAUAUGAGCUGUUCAUCCAAAUUUCGGAUACUGUGCAUGAAACAGAGGGAACGCUCAUUGUCCAUGUGGUGGAUGUCAAUGAUAACCCACCUGUAUUUUCUCAAGAUUCUUACCAGGUCACUGUUCCUGAAUCCGUGCCUGUGGGGUACUCAGUGCUGACCGUGGCAGCCACAGACCUAGAAAGCAAUGAGAACAUUUCUUACAGAAUCCUUUCCUCUUCUAAGGAAUUUUCAAUCGAUCCAAUGAAUGGCACAAUAUUUACUAUCAAUCCUGUAUUACUUCUGGACAAAAAAUCAAGAGUUCAGUUUCUUGUUGAAGCCAGUGAUGGUGGAAUUCCUGACCUGAGGGCUCUCACCUUAGUAGAGAUAGAAAUACAAGAUAUGAACAAUUAUGCUCCUGAGUUUGCGGUAGAAUAUUAUAAUCUCAGCUUGAGGGAAGAUGCUCAAAUUGGUGGCACUCUUGUCACAUUUUCAACCAUUGACCAUGACUGGACCCGUGAAAACACACAUGUUGAUUAUUCCAUCAUCAGUGGUAAUUCACAGAAUAAUUUCCACGUGGAAACUAGUUUCAUUCAUUCAGAAUAUCCUUAUAAGCAAGUUGGUUACCUGGUGUUGCUUCACAGUCUAGAUAGAGAAGCAGCUGACAGUCAUAAGCUUGUCAUUCUGGCAUCUGACCAUGGCUUCCCUCCCUUGAGCUCCACAGCCACUGUAGCAAUAGAAGUACUGGAUGUCAAUGAUAAUCCUCCUAAAUUCAACAGUCUGAAAUACCACGCCCAUGUCAAGGAAAGUACCCCUCUGGGGAGUCACAUCACUGUGGUCUCUGCACAUGACCGUGAUGUGGGUUUGCAUGCAGAAAUCAUCUACCACAUCAUCUCUGGAAAUGAGAUGGGGCAUUUUCACUUGGAAGAGAAAACUGGAGUUCUUUAUUUGAUUAAACCUCUGGAUUAUGAAGAAACGACAAAAUUCACUUUAACCGUUCAAGCUUCAGAUGAAGAAAAGAAGCAUUUUUCGUUUGCAGUUGUGCUUAUCAAUGUCCUGGAUGAUAAUGACCAUGCACCUCAGUUUAUGUUCUCGAGCUUAAAUUGUGUUGUUCCUGAAAAUGUGCCUGUUUUCUCCACCAUAUGUUCCGUAAAUGCUUUGGAUUUUGACGCAGGUCCUUAUGGAGAACUGACCUAUUCUGUGUUAUCGCCCUGUUCGGUCACUCACGUGAUGCCUCGUGAUCAUGACCCCUUCCUCAUUGACCCUUUAACAGGGGAUAUUCACACUCAGCAAGUCCUUGACUAUGAAAAUGACAAUAAAUACUGCCUCACAGUGCAGGCAAAAGACAAAGGUGACUCAACAGCCACUUUAACGGUUUGGCUGGAUAUUGAAGGGAUAGAUGAGUUUGAACCCAUGUUUACUCAAGAGGAGUAUUUUUUCAACCUUCCAGAGAAGAAUAAAGUGAGACAGCUGAUUGGCAGAGUGGAAGCGUCAGACGCAGACGCGGGUAUUGAUGGGGUUGUUCUGUACUCUUUGGACGCUCCAUCUCCUUUCUUUUUAGUGAAUAAAACGAACGGAAACAUCUAUUUGACUAGAGCACCUCCCCUGAUAAGAAGUCAGUUCCGUGAACAAGACACCAUUGAAAUGAAAAUCAUCGCUCGUAGCCCCAAACCGGACUCCAGGUUUACAUUCUGCACUGUUUUCGUGAACGUGUCUUCUUUCUCAGAAGGACAACACUCAGGAGUAUCGGGCAGCGACUUUUCAAUCGGCCUUACGGUCUCCUUUUUAGUGUUUCUGAUACUCAUCUUCAUUCUAAUUGUACUGAUUUUAAGACAUAAACAAAAAGACGCAGCCAACAAUUACAAAGACAAGAAAACAUCGUCCACCUUAGAUAUCAGUUUGAGACUGACCACAGAGGGCAGCCUGCUCAAGCCCUUCCAGAAAACUAACGAGGGCAAUAACGCGGUGGUCCUCGCGGACUCCCUGCCUGAGUGGUUGAGCUUAAUAAGUAUCAUGGAGAAGGACAUUGUGAAUUUGUACAGGCACUCAAACUCCAGUGGCCACUGCUCUGCGGAAGGAGAAACUGCAGAAGAUAAGGAAAUCCAGAGGAUAAACGAGCAUCCUUGCAGAAAGGACGCUGGCUCAGCUCUGAGUGACCAGGAGUCCAGGGUCCCGGACUCUGGAAUCCCAAGGGACUCAGACCAGCUCUCCUGCUUGUCUGGAGAAACCGAUGUGGUGGUCACUGCUGAAACAGCAGAAACCAGCCAUGCAUUUGAGGAAGAAGAUCAAGAAGGCUGUGGCACAACCUAUGUUCAAAAUAAUGUGUUACCCCAGACACUAAAGAAGAGAGAGGUAAAAGGGAGCAUCCAGGCUGAUGUCAGGAGAGAGUCUGUCUUUAUUUCAGGGGAUCAGGAAGCAAGGUGCGUGGCUCUUUCCACCCAGAGAACCUCUAAUCACGAUGUGAGAGGCAACUACCACUGGGAUUAUCUCCUCAGUUGGGAACCCAAGUUCCAACCUCUCGCCUCAGUAUUUAACGAUAUUGCAAAACUAAAGGACGAAUAUUUACAGACAUCUGGCAUUCCUAAAGAGAAGUCUUUGGUUUUCCCACCACCUUUGAUUACCGCAGUAGCCCAGCCCGGGCUUAAAGCAGUUCCACCAAGAAUGCCAGCCAGAACCCCGGGGCAAGUGCUUCACAAAUACCCACACUCCCCGCUUCCCUACCAUCUUAGUUCUCUGCCUGAAGCCAUGACUCCCAGCUUUUCUCCAUCUCUUUUCCUGCUGACGGCAAAGACCCCUGCUGUGACCCCACGGUCGUCACGUGGGGAAUCGUUGGGAACACAUCUGAGUGGUACAUGCCAUGAACUUGAAGCAGAAGAUGAAGUUCAGAUAUAA